GCGAACGGCGUCAGCAAGCCUGCCGAGUGGACGCACGCACACCUACUCGACAUAGAUGGAAUUAUAAUAAUGGGAUACCACUGGGUUCUGCUUAUGGUCUUAAUGCAGCUCCAUUCAGGCAGCUCCAGGCCCGUCAUUUCCCCGGACGUACCGGAGCUCACCGUGAAACAGAGCGACACGUUGGUCCUGCGUUGCCAGGGCAACGGGCCAGUGCGAUGGCAACGGGAGGAUCGGCCUCGUUCACUGGUCAGGGAGGAGCACAGGGACGGCGAGGUGUCCACCAUCCGCGUGGAACACGUCCAGCAGCCUCACCGGGGCCGAUACACAUGUCUGGAGGAGCGUUCUGCGGAGACGAGCUCCAUCCAUGUGUAUGUUAAAGCCUUCCUCUCGGCAGAUCCUAAAAACGCCUUCAGGGUAGCCAUCAUCACGGACAUCAUGGCAGGAUCUGACGCCCCCGCCUACAUCCCGUGCCUGGCCACCGACCCCAACCUGACCGACCUGCGACUGGAGAGAUGCGACGGGCGGCCCCUGCCUGCUGGGAUGCGGUACACCGCCAGCACCGCGACAGGCAUGGCAAUCGCCGACGUUCGCCUCGCCUAUGAGGGAUGUUACGUCUGCAUGGCAACCCUGAACGGAAAGCCUGUGCACUCUGCGCAAUAUAAACUCAGCGUGCGGCCAGCUCCAGACGGGCCCCCACCCAUCAACCUGCAGGAACUCAGCAGGGUGGUCCUGACCCAGGGCCAGAGACUCAUCCUCACCUGCUCCACCUCCAAUGUCAACAGUGACAUCAAGGUCAACUGGUUUCCACCGCCUGGAGUGACAGCGUCUGUGCAUCUGAGCUCCCAUCUCUCAGUGGAGCCUGUCUCCCACAACCGUACGGCGACCCUCCGCAUAGCGGCCGUGUCGAUGCAGGACUCCGGAAACUACCGCUGCCAGGCUGAAAACACCAAGGGCACCAGUGCCAAGGCAGUCUGGGUGGAUGUCUACAGUAAGGGAUUUAUUAACCUGACACAGGUAGACAAAAGUAUUUGGAGAGUGAGAGAAGGACAGAGCCUUUCCUUGCGUGCCACUAUGGAGGCCUAUCCCAAACCCCACACCAUCUCCUGGAGCUACGAUGGACGCCAUCUCAGCAACACAACUGACCACACAAUCAGCACACACUCAGAGGCACACAGCAGUUAUAGCAGUGAUCUGAGGCUGGUGCGUUUGAAAGUAUCAGAAAGUGGUGUCUACACCUUUACGGCUUCAAACGCUGACGUGACCAUCCAUCAAACGUUUGAAGUUCACGUCAUAAGUAAACCAGAAAUUGUCUCUUAUGAUGGGCCGGUUGAUGGACAGGUGCGCUGUGUAGCUGAGGGGUAUCCCACACCCCAGAUCACAUGGUUUUACUGUGACCAGCCUUAUGUCAGGUGUUCUAACGUCCUGAAUGCCACCCAAGAGGAAGAGGAUGUCAUCACGGUAACCAUGACGAACCCCCCCUUUGGGAAGGGAGCCGUGGAGAGUCGCCUGAACAUCACCAAAAGCAAUUACCCCACCCUGGAGUGUGUGGCUUCAGCCGAAGGAGAGAUCGUGUACACGCUCUUCUCUAUCAGUGAACGCACUGUCCCUCAUGAGCUCUUCACUCCGCUGCUGAUUGGUUUCUCGUCGGCAGCUGCCAUCCUCUGCCUCAUCCUGUUCAUUCUGGCCUACAAGUACAUGCAGAAACCAAAAUAUCAGAUACAGUGGAAGGUCAUCGAAGGAAUCCAUGGCAACAACUAUGUGUAUAUUGACCCUACCCAGCUUCCGUAUGACCACCAGUGGGAGUUUCCUCGAGACAAGCUACGUUUCGGGAAAACUCUGGGAUCGGGAGCGUUUGGAAAAGUGGUGGAGGCCACAGCGUACGGAAUGUCGAAGGCCGAUACGGUGAUGACCGUGGCAGUGAAAAUGCUUAAACCAAGUGCCCAUGCCACUGAGAAAGAGGCUCUAAUGUCAGAGCUGAAGGUGCUCAGUUACCUUGGUAACCACAUAAACAUUGUCAACUUACUGGGAGCCUGCACUGUUGGAGGUCCAACUCUGGUGAUCACCGAGUACUGUUGCUUUGGUGACUUGCUGAACUUCCUGCGUAGAAAGCGCGAUUCCUUCUGCUGUUCCAGACUGGGAGAGGACUGUUACUACAGGAACGUCAUGUUACAGCCAGAGUCGGGUGAAAACAGAAAUGGCUACAUGACCAUGAGACCUUCAGUUAUGGGACCUGCGUCCUCUGAUAAACCACGUUCACUCCAUAAAGGUAGUGCAUCAUACAGCGACUGCGAUGUGGUCAGUGAGGUUCUGCAGGAGGACGGCCUGGCUCUGGACACUGAAGACCUUCUCAGCUUUUCCUAUCAGGUUGCCAAGGGAAUGGACUUCUUGGCAUCCAAAAACUGUAUUCACAGGGACCUGGCAGCCAGAAACAUUCUCCUCACACAAGGCAGAGUGGCUAAGAUUUGUGACUUUGGCCUCGCCCGAGACAUCACUACUGACUCCAACUAUGUAGUGAAGGGCAACGCCCGUCUCCCAGUGAAGUGGAUGUCUCCAGAGAGCAUCUUCGAGUGUGUGUACACGUUUGAGAGCGACGUCUGGUCUUACGGCAUCUUACUGUGGGAGAUCUUCUCUCUCGGGAGUAGCCCUUAUCCGGGGAUGCCUGUGGACUCCAAAUUCUACAAGAUGAUAAAGGAGGGCUAUCGAAUGGAUUCACCUGAGUUUUCUCCAAAUGAAAUGUAUGAAAUCAUGCAGUCAUGCUGGGAUGCAAAACCCUUUAAGAGACCCUGUUUUGGCAAGAUAGUGGAGAUGAUUGAACAGCAAAUCUCAGACAGUACCAAGCAUAUCUAUCUGAACUUUAGCUCCAGGCUGCCUGUGCUCCCUGGACCCCAUGAGGAGCUCACAUCUCAGGUCUUGCGCCUCGGCCCAGCCAGAGGCAAUCACAGCGGCCCCGCCCAACCACUGCUGUGCAGCGACGAUGUCUUCCUGGAGAGCGAGGUCCCCAGGCAGACGCGCGGACCGCAGAAAGCUCCCUCUGGCAUGUGCUGAGCGUGUGACUCACCUCCCCCCGAGAUGACCCACCCUUCUGACAGACCUGGGUCAGUGUAGCACGCAAGGGCUAGUGGAAGAAGUGCAGCCCGGCUCAAUCGCUGGAGCAGAACGCAUUCGUAUCGCCUUUACGCUCUCUCCCUUCACAGAUGUACAUAGUGCACCCACCGGUCAGGGGGACAUACCUUUUCCAGUCUUUUCCCCAUUUCUUGGGGACAGUGGGAUCAUGGGACAUUGAGUUUUAGAGAGAAGGUUCCAGUUUGUUCUUUGAUAUUUUCCACAGUGGUUGACUGUGGCACCUUUACGUCUGCCUGGCAGACUCGGUUCAUCCAUGGUACGACUUUUAACUCUGCACAGGUACGGAGGACAGAGGUUUUCACAUGUAAAACAUCUUAUUAACGUUCUUAACAGCUUCACUGCUAUGCCUUCUCUCUUCAUUAGCGCGUCUUUGCGACAGCGGGGCUUAAGGGUGUGUUUAAGGGUGAUCCAGAAAGCUGCAGGAUGUGAUUGCGCUCUCGCCUUCAGCACUGUGUCUCCUGCAAGGCAGGUCCGUUCAGCUCGGUGCUGGAAUUGGCUUCACCUUUUCCAAACAGCAGUGUCUGGUGUGAAGGUUUAACCAACAUCUGCGCGGCUUCCCGGAGACAGUGGAUCAGCUGUUUCACGCGUUUGUCUUUUCUCGGCUCCAGUUUUGAGAAACUGAAGGGUAGAGAUGGAUUAUGAGGACCCGGGACAGCUGCAUGAAUCAAAUACAGGACUCACAUCACCCUCAGAACUCUUUAAUUUCUCAGUUGGUUUGUUGGCUAGUUUUUUUUUCUUGUUCUUUAAAUAUCAGAUUCUUAUUAGUUUCAUGUUUGGAUUUUGGGCAUAUGUUAUUAUUAUUUGAUUUUUUAAAUGUUAAAUAUGACUUUUAUUGAACCAGAUUCAAAGAACAUCACAGCAUGUUGAAGUGUGAAAGAUGCUGCCCUUUUUGGGGGUUUUUUCUGUUUGUUUUCUCUUUGUUGACUUUCACAAGUUUCUGUUUCCAGUAAUAUUUCAGCUGAAAAAGUCACAGUAUUAUGCUUGGUUUAUAUGAAGGAUCCUGUGAUGUGUUGCGUGAAUUUCUGAAAUCCACAUACAGAUCUUGAGGCUGAACGAAAAUGUCAUUGGCUGGAAGAGGCGUUUCGCUCUUGUAUAUUUGUAUGCGUUUUGGGCUGGAUUUAGGGUUCGUUAAGGACUGCGUCCCUUUUCGUAGCAUCGGCUGUGUUUUCAGCAGCACGGCAGGCUUUGACUCCAACUUCAACAGGUCCAGGUGUUGUUAGAAAAGUAAAGUAAUACGUUUGUACAUUUGUAUUUUUUUUUUUUUUUUACUGAAGCUGGAUGCUGUAAGACACUGUACUGUAAUUUACACUUUCUGUUUGAAUAUAUUUCUUAUAUACAUAAAGCAGUUCUCUGUUCUUUAUAAAGCUGUUCUCUGUUCUUUCUGCUCUUUAUGUACAUGGUCAACAUUUUCAUGUUUCACAUUUUCAAGACUUGUUGAAUCGAUGUUUAAUUUAGCACGUUUGAAUCAAGCUUUACUAGGUGUGUGUGUGUUCACAAACCAAAGAGAACAGUUGUUACAAGAUACAAUAAUCGCUUUUUUUGGUUAUCAGCAAUCAGCAUUUAGACUGACAUUUUUCGGACACUGUUGUGCCUCACAGUUAAUAAUUCGUCUACAACUCUCUGCUCUUUAGCCAAUGGGAAUCUUCUAAAGAAAGAGCCAAUAGGAAGCUACUGCUGCUUAGAAAUGGGUGCCAAUAGAUACACGUUCUCCACAGGAACAGCCCAUGGGAGACAUCUCAGUUGAUCGGCCAAUGGGGAGGUAGAUGUUCUGAGGGAGAAGCAAUGAGAUUCUCAUUCGCUGUUGACCUGCCAAUGGGAAAAGGGCAAUCUUGCAUUACAAACUGAGAGUUUACUGGAAUCUCAAGACUAUGGGCUACACACUAAGCGAUUCACACUAUGCCAGGUAGUUAAGUUCUUACAUCUGUAGUCAGGACACCCGGUUAUCGCUCCCUCUCUGCUUCUCUCGUUCCCGCUCCCUCUCUUCCUCCCGCUCUCUUCCCAGUGUCUGUUCUUUGUGUCCAGCUGCUUCCUCCGGCGGAAGUGUUGCUUCCAUAGCGACUGAGUUGGGAAGAUCCCAGCCACGUUCUCUCCCACACUACAACAUCUCUCUCCUCUCUUCCCACACAGCUCCAUUGUUCUGAGGGGCAUCUGGCCAAGGCUGCUGUGUGUGUGGGUGUGUGUGUGUGUCUGUGUGUCUGGGGUGUGUGUGUGUGCAUCAGCGCGUGUGUUUAUUAUAGCAUAAAUGCAGGUCAUUUUUCUGGUAAGACAGGGCACUGAUGGCUUUUCCAACAGAGCAGUUUAACAACUGUCAGAUACACUGUACACCACAAACUGACCUUCUGCCUCCGGUUUGUGGAUGUGAUGCUGUUUUCCCCACUCUUUGAUAUGUGUAUAUGUGUAAUAUGUGUAAAUGAUAUAUAUAUAUUUUUUUUAGGGCCAUGUGGUACGGUCUUGCUUGUGCUGCAGACUUUAAGUGCAACUCUUUUUGGAAGUGUUCAUAAUACUACACAUUUGCUUUAUCCAUUGCAUAGAUGUUACUCUCCCAGUUCCACUCACAGCGUGUAUUUAAGUAUCAUAGUCCUUAGCUAGCAGGUUGGUGGUGUAUAUGUCUGCUGCACACAUACUCUAUUCAUAUUUCCACAAUCUGAUUACAUAUCGACUAACUUCGCCAUGUGACUAUAAAGCUUGGUAGUGAAACCGUAUUCUUGCAUGGAUUAAAGGUCUGUUUUUGGACUAAAGAGAGUAGAGGUUACUUUUGUUUCCUGAAGAGAAGGUGUGUUUUGUUUCUUUAUUGUAUAUUUAUUUUAUACUUUAUAUGUUUCAAACAUUUGAAAAGCUUUAUUGUGUAAAAACUGUGUUUAACAUGUCUUAUUAAUACACACUGUAAAUAAACUAUUGAAA